UAAAUGCAGGAAAGCCAGCCAUUUUGCACUAUCCCUGGUAGAAAGUGGGCUGUCGUGGGGAGACGUUCUCAGCACAGAAUAAUUAGCUAGCCGAAAAAAAACCCACAAGUUGAAGAAAACCAUUACCUUGAUUCAGUUCACGCAUUAACUCAAUUUCUGACACUUGAAAAGAGGCGCACCAGAGGACAAAAGUGACAUUUCAUACAGAAAAGGCCACUUGCAGGCGUUUGUCAAAGGCACUGGAUGGAUAGCAUCGAAGCUGAAGCUCUUUACCUGACCGCCGCGCAGCAUGGGCAGCCUCAGUGCGAGCUUCCCCACACUGCUGUGGAGGUACCCACCCUUGGGGGAGCCAAGAAGAUGAAUGGGACACUGGACCACCCGGACCAGCCAGACAUCGAUGCCAUAAAGAUGUUCGUGGGUCAGAUCCCGCGGUCCUGGUCAGAGGAGCAGCUGCGGGAACUCUUUGAACCCUAUGGUGCCGUCUAUGAAAUUAACGUCCUCCGAGACAGGAGUCAAAACCCCCCACAGAGCAAAGGUUGUUGUUUCAUCACAUAUUACACACGUAAAUCAGCAUUAGAAGCACAAAAUGCCCUUCACAACAUGAAAAUUCUUCCAGGGAUGCAUCAUCCCAUUCAGAUGAAGCCAGCAGACAGUGAGAAGAACAACUCGGUAGAAGACAGAAAGCUCUUUAUUGGGAUGAUCUCGAAGAAGUGCAACGAGAAUGACAUUCGGCUCAUGUUCUCACCAUAUGGGCAGAUCGAAGAGUGCCGCAUACUCCGAGGACCUGAUGGGCUGAGCCGUGGUUGUGCCUUUGUCACGUUCACAGCUAGACAGAUGGCUCAGUCUGCCAUUAAAUCCAUGCACCAGUCACAGACCAUGGAGGGCUGUUCGUCUCCAAUCGUGGUGAAGUUUGCAGACACACAGAAGGAUAAAGAACAGAAGCGAAUGGCACAACAGCUGCAACAGCAGAUGCAGCAACUCAACGCUGCCUCCAUGUGGGGAAACUUAACAGGUCUCAACUCACUAGGCCCACAGUACCUAGCACUUUAUUUGCAGCUCCUGCAGCAAUCUGCGUCCUCUGGGAAUGCACUCAACAAUCUCCACCCCAUGUCAGGUCUGAAUUUGGCGGCAUUGGCGGUGGCAGCGAGUGCUACACAGGCCACUCCUACUGGCAGCAGUGCGCUGACCACCUCCAGCUCGCCCCUCAGCGUGCUCACUAGCUCAGGUACGCCCACCGGACAACAGACUCACUCUGCCUGGGAUGGCUGCAAGGGUUCUUCUCCUACAUCCAGUACUAGCUCAUCUGUGAAUCCCAUGGCUUCUCUUGGUGCCCUACAGUCUCUGGCUGCAGGUGCGGGAGCUGGACUCAACAUGAGCUCACUAGCAGGCAUGGCUGCACUUAAUGGUGGCCUGGGCAGCGGGGGUCUGUCUAAUGGCUCUGGUAGCACCAUGGAGGCCUUGACACAGGCAGCAUACUCUGGAAUCCAGCAGUAUGCAGCAGCUGCCCUGCCCAGCCUCUAUAACCAGAGCCUGCUUUCCCAGCAGAGCAUCAGUGCUGCUGGCAGCCAGAAAGAAGGCCCAGAGGGUGCAAAUCUGUUCAUUUAUCACCUGCCACAGGAGUUUGGUGACCAGGAUCUGCUUCAGAUGUUCAUGCCUUUUGGAAAUGUCAUCUCAGCCAAGGUGUUCAUAGAUAAACAGACCAACCUCAGCAAGUGUUUUGGCUUUGUGAGUUACGACAAUCCUGUUUCGUCCCAGGCGGCCAUUCAGUCAAUGAACGGUUUUCAGAUCGGAAUGAAGCGACUGAAGGUUCAACUGAAACGAUCCAAAAACGACAGCAAGCCAUACUGAGUGGUUUUACUCUAAAAUGGACUUGGUUUGAAAAUGUGUUUCUGAUAUCUUCGUGCCCGUUUGUUCAUCGUUUCCCUAGCAUGUCGAUGUGACGUCAAAAGUUCAUCGUCCAGUCCGUUGUCCUCUUCGCUUCUCUGGCGCUUGAAAUUUUCACCCUUGACCUUUUUUGUUAACUUUUGACGCUUAGUGAUUUACUUCUUUUGUUUGUUUUUCGUGUUCAUUUCUGUUUGUGCUGCCAAUAGAGGGCGCUAGAAAGACUGCUGUUAUAACUAAAAUGUAAAAAGUUUCAUGAAUAUUGUUCUGAGCAAAGAGUCUAUUUUUCUAGAACUUGCAAACAUAACCACUAGAUAGCGCAAAAAGCUUUUAAUUUUCAUUGUUUCGUUACCCAGUUAAGUUUUUCUUUUUUUUUUUUCUUAGCAAUUUUUAUUUUUCAUCAUUUUAAUGCAGUCUUCCUAGUGCACUCAAUUUUACUCAUUUGUUUUCUUCUGAAAGCAGCCAAUCAGUUUAUAGAAUCACUUUGUGUGUGAGUGUGGGUGUGUUUUCCUCUUUCUCUCUCACUUGUUAGUUCUAAAUCUUUUUUUUUUUUUAGGAUGUUUUGCAGUCACAUUUUGCUGAAACUGAGGAUAACCUUGUAAUUUUGUGCUAGGUUAGUUGGCAUGAUGUAAUUUUUGGGAGUUCUUAUUAACAGAGUGACAUUACAAUACACUUGAAUUGCCUUUCUUUUUCUUUUCCAUUGUAUUGUGUCGAGCCACCACAGGCACAUAAUGUUUUUCAUUUUCUUAUUGUGUGAAAAUCAGGAUUAGUCUGAAAUAAAAUGCAUAAAUUGAGCAGAAUUGAGUUUGUUGUCACAGUUAGUUAAUAUAUUAAAGUAUGCAUGUUUUUUUGUAACUGCACUGACAUCCUCAGCAAAAUGUGAUUCAGUUCUGUUUAAAAAAAUAUAUAUAAAAAAAAAAAUCAAAAAUAUAAAAUGAAUAAAAUGGUGCCAAAAGUUUUGCAUGUUGCUGUUGGUCACAUUUUCUGUAUUUUCCAUGACGUUUGCUUACUCUUCCAAUAUGGUUCCGUUUUUAAUCAUCAGUGAUUUUUAAAUACCGUAUCUUAACAGUCGUUAAGACCAUGUUUGAAAGUGAGCUGCUUUUUCUCUUUUUGUUUUAUUUUUUAGUUUCUUUAAUUCAAGAUUAGUUCUGGUAUCAUGGCUUUAUAGUAACUUUUAAAAUCUGCUUUGUCUUAGCUCAGUCUAAGUACUUGUGCCUACAAAAGCAAAUUUAAGCUGUUUUGUUUGGUAAUUAAUCCGUUUUUGUGACUGCAGUGUUGGAACUGUUUGGUUGGCAGAAAGUAAAUUCCCAAAGUAAAUUUCUUUUCCAUCGGACGUAUCUGUUUUUAUUAGCUCUGUUAAUCUAACCGCAGCUUGCGUUCUCUUUCUCUCUUAGCACUGCCUUUAGUGUGUCUCAUUUAAGAAGUGCUCUCUAAAAGCCACUUGCUUUCGGAAAUAUUUGAUUUAUGCUCUGAAUAUGAGCUAAACUUGUCCUUUUUUGGAUGAUCUUUUACAAAUUUGACCUGCCAAAUUUUCAUUACACUUUUUUUCAAUAGUAGAUCGCAAGCAAAAAAUAAAGUACUAAUUAAUUGGGAUUGAAGUUUAGAUUUUUUGGCAUUUUCUAUUUAGAUUUUAAGCUGCUGUUUGUGAGUUUAAAUGUACUCUAAAAAUUACCUGUGGGAUGCUUGUCAUUAUUGGUACAGAGUGAUUGUAUUUAAUAGUAAAAUUUGUACAGUUUUUGCCUUUUCUACUUCCAAGUUUUGUUUCACAAUGUGAAGUUUAAAUCCUACCCCCCCCCCACACACACACACACACGUGGAGCCAUGUAGAACUUGCCACCCUGACCAAACAUUAGUCUGUACAAAUUAAGGAAGUAAUUCUAUAAAAAAAAACAGCCUUCAAAUUAAAUUACAUGCUGAUUUUUAUUUUUGUUUUGUUUGUGUUUUGGUUUCUUUGUCAUUUUUAAGUUAUGGUUUAUUGGAGUUGUAGAGUGAGGGGGUGAUUUUUAGAUGUCUAGAGGAGUGUUUUUUUCCUGAAUGUUUUCUGUUGAGGUUUAUUUAAAAUGUGAUGGUGGUUAAGAAAUUCAUGCUACUGUCUCCACAGAAAUAUAGCAACGUGCACACCCAGCAAGAAGUCAUUUUGUAGUUCGUCUUUUGGUUGGGUUGUUUGUCUGAUUAAACAGAAAAGAUUCACA